CAUAGAAGGUAUUGAUUCUUUAUCGAAAAGCCGAACGACACCGUCGUUAUACUUUAACUCAAAAUUGACAAUAACAGCAAGAAAUCAUGGAACUGAGUCAGCCAGAGCAACCACCCAAGCGAGGACCUGGAUUUGUAGGCAUUAGAUUUUGCCAAGAGUGCAACAACAUGUUGUACCAAGAAGACAAGGAAAACAGGAUAUUACUUUAUGCUUGCAGAAAUUGUGACUAUCAACAAGAAGCUGAUAAUGCCUGUGUCUACGUCAAUAAAAUCACCCAUGAAGUAGAUGAGCUGACACAGAUUGUAGCAGAAGUGGUUGCUGAUCCUACCCUACCGAGAACAGAAGAUCAUCCAUGUGAGAUGUGUGGUCAUAGAGAAUCUGUCUUCUUUCAGUCACAAGCAAACAGAUUAGAGGAGGGAAUGCGAUUGUAUUACGUGUGUACAGCUCCAAACUGUGGUCAUCGAUGGACAGAAUGAUGGCAUUGAUUGCACUCAUUUUUUUUUAAUAUACAUUUUUACUAUGCCAUUUUUGUAAAUAUAAUGUACAUACGCAUAUGUGUUGGAUGUAUUUUGGAUCAUUGAAAACUGUGAGAGGGGAUAACGAACCGAGACCCAAGGGGCGAGGGAUAUGGGAAGCAAGAAUUAGGUAAAACCUUAUCGUAAAUAGAAUAUUCUCACGAAAAGAUUGAUUUUGGAGAGAAAUAUAAUUUUUUGUUGCUCUACUGAUGAUGUUUAACGAACAAUUUGAAUGUCACAAUGCUAUUUGGUGGAGUUCUGGUGGCUGUCAUGCUUAAAAGCCUUUGAUUUGAAUAUUUCACAUACCCUAGGUAUUACUUUCCUCAGGUUGUGUGUAUGAGUGAAAUGUCCGGGUGAUGGGAUUCAAAUGACUGUCUUUAAGUCUACAAUAUCUGUAUAAAUAUUCAAGGUGGUUUCAGAUACAUCUGUAAACAUUUUUCUGUGUCGUUGGUAGAAUAAACUGUAGGUCUACAAACCAUUUUAUCAUGUUUCAAUAAUAAAUCAAGAUUACUAUCUGAGCAGUAAAGUGAAAGUAAUUUAUGAACAUCAGAACCUUCAAAUAUCUGGUCUAACAAAGUAUACAUUUAACAACUAAAUUAUUCAUACCCUUACUCUUUAUUUCAAUUUUAACUGAAAAAAGUGAAUUUUCCAGAUGUAUGUUUCUUGAAAAUGUGACUUAUUAAAGUUUACAUCUAAGAGUAUUCAACAAAAACCCUAAUUUAACCAGUCCACUUUUCAUUCUUGACUUACAUUAAUCACAAAAACAUCAAAUUUACAAGGGGUAUGAAUAAUUUAGUUGCUAACUGUAGAUCUAUACAAUAUACAGUUGUUACCAACUUUGGCAUGCACUUAGUUCUUGAUGUAACGUAGAAGAAUGUAAUUUUUUUUUUUAUUUUAAAAUACAUUUUUUAAUUGAAAUUAAUGCUAAUUAAUUGUGAAAAUAUAAGUUUCAUGUACUAAAAAAAAUAAUGUGUUGAUCUCCCAUUUGUGAAAUACAUGUAUGUGAAAGGAAAUGUGUAGCAUCACAUUGGAUUCCCUCAAACCUCAUGCAAUUUUACACAUGAACAAAUACUAAUAUGCCAUUUUUUAUGGACAUGUGACCUUUAAGUGUUAAUGUGCAUAACACCAUAGCCGCCAAACAUAUUUUCUUUUUAGGGUCCAGGUUCAGACCUCUACCUCAAGAAUACUAGCCAUCAGUGUUCUCAAUUGAAGCAUUUGUGACAAUCAAAAUGAAGGUAGUGAAAUUCCAAAAUAUACUGUUAUAAAACUUGGGUGAUUUUAUUUCAAUUCAAGCAUGGAGCAUCAAGGAUACAUUUAGUACAUCUGACAUGUCAAUAAAAUGUGAAAGAAGCAGCAUUACUUGGCUACAAUAGUUUACCUGGUUGUGUACAGCUAGUAACUCUAUGUUUACUCUUACAUGUAUUUCAAACAUGCAAACAUAAAAUUGCUUAUAACAGACCAGUUUAGUAAUAUACUCAAUGUUCAGAUAUUUUCUCCAAUGACUUCUUAUCACCUUUAAUUAGUUGUUGCUAUGUGAAUGAACCUCUUACAAUCAUUGUCAAGAGGACACUUUGUUAAGUAUACCUGCAGUGUAAAUAGUAAACUGGUCUAUUUAUGGGAAAUGGAAGCUAAAAAAAUAAAAACAUCCAUUUAAGAAUUCAUGAUAUGGACCCGUAUGUACAGUGUCAAAACUUGUAAAAUACAUGUAUCUUUAUUGUCAGUGAAUUACAAUGCUUUUUUUAUGUAAUACAAUAAAAAAUGUAAUAAUACAUACAAAA